AUGACGCUUUUGCAUAUCCCCACUGAUAUACUGCUGUUGUUACCACUGUUCCUCGAGGAAGGGGAUAUCAACUCACUGUGUCAAACAAACCUCUGGCUGUAUUCUCUCCUUAAUCCAUGUCUAUACCGGCACAAUUCCAAGUAUUCCCGGAGCUCUGCCCUCUUAUGGGCUGCUGGACAUGGAAAAGAGGCCACAGCUCGAUUAAGCCUUCAAGAAGGAGCCAAAACCGGUGUGGUGGAUAACACUGGCCGGACACCCUUACGUUUGGCGGCGCAGCACGGCUACGUAGCAGUGGUAAAACUGCUACUCGCAAUCAAGCAGGUAGAUGUGAACACAACGGACUUCCUAGGGCGCACGCCGCUAUACUGGGCUGCGAUGAACGGCCACGCGACAGUGGUAGAACUGUUACUUGAAACUGGGCAAGUUGAUAUCGACUUGAAGGACUGUGAAGACUACACGCCCUUCUCUUGGGCUGUAGAACUUGGGCAUGCGGAGGUGGUGAGGCUACUGCUUGGAACUGGGCAGGUUGAUGUGAACUCAAAGGAUGAAUAUGGCUGUACGCCCUUAUCAAACGCAGCAACGCGAGGGCAUGUAACACUGGUGAAGAUGUUUCUUGAGACUUGGCAGGUUGAUGUGGACGCAAAGGAUGAAUAUGGCUGUACGCCGUUAUCAAAUGCAGUAAUGGGAGGGCAUGCAACACUAGUGAAGCUGUUACUUGAGACUGGGCAGGUUGACCCAGACUCACCGGACGUACGGGGCCGAACACCAUUAGCUUUGGCGGCAGCAUAUGACUAUGCUGAAAUCGCAGAGCUAUUACUUGAUACUAGGCAGGUUGAUGUGGAGUCAAAGGACUCACAGGGCCGCACACCAUUAUACCGUGCUGCAGCUAGUGGGAGUGAGGGGGUAGUGAAACUAUUACUUCAAACCGGUCAAGUCGAUGUCAACGUAAAAGAUCGUUGGGGCGUUACACCAUUGUCCAGGGCUGAACGUUUCUGCCAUUAUGGGGUUGUGAAGAUUUUGUCUGAAUUCAAGCAGACAGGACGGUAUUAG